CUGAUAUUCUGGGAGGGGGGAUCAGCCUGAACCCUUCAAACUAAAAACAAAAAAAACUAAAAAAAAUUCUAUCCUUUUUGUCCCCCAAAAACUGGAUUUAAGAGAAAAAAAAAAGACAAACAAUCCGGGAUCUACAAAACUUUCCAAAAAUAUAUAUAUAUAUACCGAAGGGCGGAGAGCUGUCCCCAUGAGCGGCGGGGGGCUUCCUUCUACUGCGCCCAACAAUCCCUGAAGACAGGAGGAGGUCUGAGGAACAAAAUACAAUCAGGUUGCCAAGAUGGAUUUGAGCUCCUUCAGCGGGGCUCCGCGGUUCCUGACCAGGCCCAAAGCCUUUAUGUUAUCCGUGGGUAAGGAUGUCACACUGAGUUGCCAAAUCAUCGGAAAUCCCAUCCCCCAAGUCACAUGGGAAAAGAACCAGGCCCACAUCGAGUCAGGAGGCCGCUUCAAGAUGACAGAAGAUGGUGGCUUAUACCAGCUCACCAUAUACGACCUCACCGCAGAAGACAGCGGCCAAUACAUCUGUAGGGCCAUCAACAACAUUGGAGAAUCUUUCGCCGCCGUCACCAUCAAGGUUGGGGAUGAAAAGGAAGGCACCCAAGUGGAAUGCGCGCCAUUUUUCAUUCUCAAACCAACCAACGCCAGGCUGAACCUGGGAGAAGAUGCCAUUUUCCGCUGCAGAGUUCAGGGUCUCCCGCGGCCGGUCGUCAGUUGGGAAAAAGACGGGAGGGCUUUGGGGACGCCGACCGACUCAAACAGAAUUUGCGUCGAGGUUGACGGGGAGUCGAGCUCUUUGAGGAUCCACUGCAUUCGGUUUUCAGAUAGCGGGACAUACAUUUGUCGGGCCGAGAGCCCCGUGGGCCAAACCAAGGCGUCCGCUUCGCUGCUCAUCGACUCUUUCUCCAACCUCAACGCCAACAGCACCGCCGCUCUUGAACCUGCUUACGGUAAAACGGCAUCGCUUUUGUCUCACCUGCAGAGAAGGCGAGAGGAGAUACGGAAAACUGACCUUUCCAUCCUCGGUUCCUAUGAGUCCAACGCAACUUCCUACGGUGCUCUGGACUCACUGACCAGUCUAGGCUUAAGUUUGUCCAUGGACUAUGAAAGGGCGGCUACUCUUACCCCAAAAACGGGGCGCGAUAGCUCCUACAACGUCCUCACACGCACCUGCACGGUGACGGAGGGCAAACACGCCAAAAUGAGUUGUUUUGUCACUGGGGAGCCCAAGCCCGAAAUCGUUUGGAAAAAGGAUGGGGAUGUCAUCGCGGAAGGGCGCAGGCACGUCAUCUAUGAGGACGAGCUAGAGAACUUCGUCCUGAAGAUUUUAUUCUGUAAACAAAUCGACAACGGAUUAUACACGUGCACGGCUUCCAACUUGGCCGGUCAAACCUACAGCUCGGUGCUUGUCAUAGUGAAAGAACCCAGAAUCCCCUUUAGAUCAAAGUUGAGAGACCUGGAAGUUCGAGAGAAAGAGACCGCCACCUUCCAGUGCGAGGUCCCUCAAGCCAUUACUGAAUCAUCAUGGUACAAGGAGGAAACCCAGAUCCAGCAGAGUGCCAAAUACAGCAUCGAGGAGGAGGGGACCAUCCGGAGACUCACCAUACAGAACGUCAACGCGGACGAUGACGCAGUCUACAUCUGUGAGAUGAAGGAGGGCAGCCGAACCAUUGCAGAGCUCUCAGUUGAAGGGAACUUCAUCAAGAAGCUCCCACGGAGAACGGCGAUCCCGGUGAACGAUACGGCCAUCUUCUGCGUUGAGCUGGACAACGACUGCCAGAAAUCGAGGUGGAUGAUCAACGGUGAGGAAGUGAUGCCGGGAGGACGGAUCUCCAUGACUUCUGUGGGCAAGCAGCACACCAUGAUAAUCCGAGAGUGCCAGAACUCCGACGCCGGGGAGAUCGCCUUCAUCGCUGAUGAGUGCAAAACCUCCACCAAGUUCACCGUAACCGUUUUAAGGAAACCGCCUUCCAACGCCCCAAUUAACCCCUCGGUGACGGAGAAAACCGACACGUCCCUUAAAUUAGUCUGGUCCCCUCCCCCGAUGGAUCGCCCGGUGCCCAUCGAUGGCUACAUCGUAGAACGCAAGAAGCUCGGAGCCAUGACCUGGGUCAGGUGCCAUCAAUCGGCCAACGUGCCCGUCCCGGAGUUCACAGUCAGCCACGUGCCGGACGAAGGGAGCUAUCAGUUUCGGGUCAGUGCCGUCAACAGCUAUGGACAGAGCCCGUACCUGGAGUUCCCGGGAACGCUGUACCUAGAACCCAUCCCAGCCAUAAGGCUUCCUCUGAGACCCGUUGAGGUCGCAGUGGGUGCAGAAGCAACGUUCUCCAUUGACCUCACCACCGUAUCUUCUGGCAUUUGGACGGUCAACGGCCGUGUCGUUGAAAACGGUGAGCAGUAUCUGGUGAAGCGGAUAAAGAACACCCACAUGCUGGUCAUCAAGACUGUCGACCCACUGUUUGACCAAGCCGAAGUGAAAUUCACCUGUAAAGGCAUCGAGAACAGCACCAAACUCCGAGUGAAAGCUCUUCCCCAUUUCACAAAUGCAAAGAAAGCCAGUGAGCUGAAAGUGAAUUCUGGGGGGCAAGUGGAGCUGCUCUCUGAGACAUCAGAGGAGAACGUCAGGGUAGCAUGGUACAAAGAUGGGAAGGAGAUACGGCACUCCAAGAAGUUCCUCCAAGAUGUCCAUGGAAAGCAAAACAAGCUCACCAUCACCUCCGUCAGGAAGGAAGAUGAAGGGACGUACUCAUGCAGUGUCGGGAAUGACUCCGUCACGUUCACAUUAAAAGUUACAGAACCAGAACCAUCCUUCACCAAUCUUGACAAGGUGCAGAAGGAGGUCCAUGUCAAACUGUCGGAGAAGGCCACCCUGAGCUGUGAGAUAUCCCAGGAGAAGACGGAGGUGAAGUGGUACAAGGAAGGGAAACUGAUCACCUCCAGCAAGAAAAUGAGGGUGGAGACUGAGGGUAGAUCUCGGCGUCUGGUGGUGGAACAGGUGGAGAAGAAAGAUGCCGGAGAAUAUACGUGUGAGGCCGCCGGACAGAAGAUCAACUUCAAGAUCAGCGUCAAAGAACUCGAGCCUGCUUUCAUCAACCAAGAAAAAGUACAAAAGGAAGUGACAGCCAUCUUAAACGAGUGCGCCACUCUCUGUUGCGAGGUGUCCGAUGGAAAAGCAGAGGCGAAAUGGUACAAGGAGGGGAAACUGAUUACCGCCAGCAAAAAGCAGAGGCUGGAAGUUGAGGGCAAAUAUCGUCGCUUGGUGGUGGAGCAGGUGGAGAAGAAAGAUGCCGGGGAUUACAGCUGUGAAGUGGCCGGGCAGAAGAUUAACUUCAAGAUCAGGGUGAAAGAGCCAGAACCAUCAUUUUCGAACCUGGACAAGGUCCAAAAAGAGGUCCAAGCUGUGGUGUCAGAGAAGGCCACCUUGAGCUGUGAGGUGGCCCAGGAGAAGACGGAGGUGAAGUGGUACAAGGAAGGGAAAUUGGUCACCUCCAGUAAGACAGUGAAGGUGGAGUCUGAGGGUAGAUCUCGGCGUCUGGUGGUGGAACAGGUGGAGAAGAAAGAUGCCGGAGAAUAUACGUGUGAGGCCACAGGACAGAAGAUCAACUUCAAGAUCAACGUCAAAGAACCGGAGGCAGCAUUCUCCAAUCUGGACAAGGUGCAAAAAGUGGUCCAGGCUGUGGUGUCAGAGAAGACCACCCUGAGCUGUGAGGUGUCCCAAGAGAAGACGGAGGUGAAGUGGUACAAAGAAGGGAAACUGAUCACCUCCAGCAAGAAACUAAAGAUAGAGACUGAAGGUAAAACUUGCCGCCUGGUGGUGGAACAGGUGGAGAAGAAAGACGCCGGAGAAUAUACCUGUGAGGCCGCUGGACAGAAGAUCAACUUUAAGAUCAACGUCAAAGAGCCAGAACCGGCCUUCACCAAUCUGGAUAAGGUGCAGAAGGAUGUCCAUGUCAAACUGUCAGAGAAGACCACCCUAAGCUGUGAGGUCUCCCAGGAGAAGACGGAGGUGAAGUGGUACAAGGACGGCAAAUUGAUCACCUCCAGCAAGAAAUUGAAGGUGGAGUCUGAGGGUAAAUCUCGGCGUCUGGUGGUGGAACAGGUGGAGAAGAAAGAUGCCGGAGAAUAUACCUGUGAGGCCGCCGGACAGAAGAUCAACUUCAAACUCAACGUCAAAGAACCAGAGCCGGCCUUCACCAACUUGGACAAGGUGCAGAAAGAGGUCCAGGCUGUGGUGUCAGAGAAGACCACCCUGAGCUGCGAGGUCUCCCAGGAGAAGACGGAGGUGAAGUGGUACAAGGACGGAAAACUGAUCACCUCCAGCAAGAAACUGAAGGUGGAGUCUGAGGGUAAAUCACGCCGUCUGGUGGUGGAACAGGUGGAGAAGAAAGAUGCCGGAGAAUAUACCUGUGAGGCCGCCGGACAGAAGAUCAACUUCAAGAUCAACGUCAAAGAACCAGAGCCGGCUUUCAUCCACCAGGACAAAGUCCAGAAAGAGGUCCAAGUUCUUGUCUCGGAGAAGACCACCCUAAGCUGUGAGGUCUCCCAGGAGAAGACGGAGGUGAAGUGGUACAAGGACGGAAAGUCGAUCACCUCCAGCAAGAAACUGAAGCUGGAGUCUGAGGGUAAAUCUCGGCGUCUGGUGGUGGAACAGGUGGAGAAGAAAGAUGCCGGAGAAUAUACCUGUGAGGCCGCUGGACAGAAGAUCAACUUUAAGAUCAACGUCAAAGAACCAGAGCCGGCAUUUAUCAGUCUGGACAAGGUACAAAAAGAGGUCCAGGUUGUGGUGUCAGAGAAGGCCACCCUGAGCUGUGAGGUGGCCCAGGAGAAGACGGAGGUGAAGUGGUACAAGGAAGGGAAACUGAUCACCUCCAGCAAGAAACUGAAGGCAGAAACUGAUGGUAAAUCACGCCGUCUGGUGGUGGAACAGGUGGAGAAGAAAGAUGCCGGAGAAUAUACCUGUGAGGCCGCCGGACAGAAGAUCAACUUCAAGAUCAACGUCAAAGAACCAGAGCCAGCAUUUAUCCAUCAAGAAAAGGUCCAAAAAGAAGUCCAGGCUACCUUGUCAGAGAAGGCCACCCUGAGCUGUGAGGUGGCCCAGGAGAAGACAGAGGUGAAGUGGUACAAAGAAGGGAAAUUGAUCACUUCCAGCAAAAAAAUUAAGGUAGAAACUGAUGGUAAAUCACGGCGUCUGGUGGUGGAACAGGUGGAGAAGAAAGAUGCUGGAGAAUAUACCUGUGAGGCUGCCGGGCAGAAGAUCAACUUCAAGAUCAACAUCAAAGAACCAGAGCCAGCAUUCAUCCAUCAAGAAAAGGUCCAAAAAGAAGUCCAGGCUAUCUUGUCAGAGAAGGCCACCCUGAGCUGUGAGGUGGCCCAGGAGAAGACGGAGGUGAAGUGGUACAAAGAAGGGAAACUGAUCACCUCCAGCAAGAAACUGAAGGUAGAAACUGAUGGUAAAUCUCGGCGUCUGGUGGUGGAACAGGUGGAGAAGAAAGAUGCCGGAGAAUAUACCUGUGAGGCCGCCGGACAGAAGAUCAACUUCAAAAUCAACGUCAAAGAACCAGAGCCAGCAUUCAUCCAUCAAGAAAAGGUCCAAAAAGAAGUCCAGGCUAUCUUGUCAGAGAAGGCCACCCUGAGCUGUGAGGUGGCCCAGGAGAAGACAGAGGUGAAGUGGUACAAAGAAGGGAAACUGAUCACCUCCAGCAAGAAACUGAAGGUAGAAACUGAUGGUAAAUCUCGGCGUCUGGUGGUGGAACAGGUGGAGAAGAAAGAUGCCGGAGAAUAUACCUGUGAGGCCGCCGGACAGAAGAUCAACUUCAAAAUCAACGUCAAAGAACCAGAGCCAGCAUUCAUCCAUCAGGAAAAGGUUCAAAAUGAAGUCCAGGCUAUCUUGUCAGAGAAGACCACCCUGAGCUGUGAGCUGACCCAGGAGAAGACGGAGGUGAAGUGGUACAAAGAAGGGAAACUGAUCACCUCCAGCAAGAAACUGAAGGUAGAAACUGAUGGUAAAUCACGGCGUCUGGUGGUGGAACAGGUGGAGAAGAAUGAUGCCGGAGAAUAUACCUGUGAGGCCGCCGGACAGAAGAUCAAAUUCAAGAUCAACGUCAAAGAACCAGAGCCAGCAUUCAUCCAUCAGGAAAAGGUUCAAAAAGAGGUCCAGGCCAUCUUGUCAGAGAAGACCACCCUGAGCUGUGAGGUGGUUCAGGAGAAGACGGAGGUGAAGUGGUACAAAGAAGGAAAAUUGAUCACCUCAAGUAAGACAGUGAGGGUCGAGACUGAGGGUAAAUCUCGGCGCCUUGUGGUGGAGCAAGUGGAGAAGAAAGAUGCCGGUGAAUAUACCUGCGAGGCCGCCGGACAGAAGAUCAGCUUUAAGAUCACCGCCAAAGAACCAGAGCCGGCAUUCACCAGCCUGGACAAGGUCCAGAAAGAGGUCCAGGCUGUGGUGUCAGAGAAGACCACCCUGAGCUGUGAGGUGGCCCAGGAGAAGACGGAGGUGAAGUGGUACAAAGAAGGGAAACUGAUCACCUCCAGCAAAAAACUUAGGGUGGAGUCUGAGGGUAAAUCUCGGCGCCUGGUGGUGGAGCAGGUUGAGAAGAAAGACGCCGGAGAAUAUACUUGUGAGGUUGCCGGGCAGAAGAUCAACUUCAAGAUCAGCGUCAAAGAACCCGAAGCCAAGUUUCAGAAAAUCCUUACACAGAAGGAAUCAAUGGUUGUCCAGGAACACGAAGACAUAACAUUGGUGACCUCAGUUCAGCCCGAAAAUGCUCCAGUGAAAUGGUUCAAAGAUGGAACAGAAUUGUCCGCUACCAAGAAGUACCAAAUAUCUGCAGAUGGUGCAUCCAGGACAUUGGUGGUGAAAUCAGCGGAGUCUAAGGACAGCGCCGUGUACUCCUGCCGCAUCAGCAGCGACAAGCAGGAAUUUAAGGUCCAAGUGAAAGAAGUCCCGGUGAAGUUCACAAAGAAACUGGAAGCUGUGACGGGAGAGAUCGGUUCUGCCAUCACCCUGACCUGUGAGCUGGGACAGGCGAAGGGCAAUGUUGUCUGGAAGAGGAACGGAGAGGAGAUCAAGGCCGGCAAACGCUUUCAGAUUCAGUCCGAUGGAGCCAAGCGCAGCCUGACUGUCUCUCAGGUGAAGGCGGAGGAUGGAGGGGAGUAUUCCUGUGAAUCCCGGGACGAUAAAACCAUCACACAACUCACAACCAAAGCUCCUCGGGUUGUGAAGUUUACAGCAGAACUGAAUAACGUGGUAGUAGAGGAAGGUGCAGAAGCCACAUUUAAGUGCACAUUGACCCCAGAAGACGCCGAGUUGACGUGGUACAGAAAUGGGGCCAAGAUAGAAAAGAGCAACAAGUAUUCGUUCAGCAAGAAAGGGACUGUGCACACCCUGACCAUCAGCAAGCUGACCAUGCAAGAUGCCGGCGAGAUCGCAGCUGAGGCUGAGGGGGUGAAGUCAACAGCUAACCUGAAGGUCCGAGAGGCUCCAGUCUUGUUUAAGAAGAAGUUGGAAACGAUGACGGUGGAGGAGCGGCAGACAGUCCACCUGGAAACAGAGCUGACCAAAGCCUCCAAGGAAGUGAAGUGGAUGAAAAACGGUAUUGUGCUUCAGUCCGGCGGUAACAUUGAGAUUAAAUCUGAAGGACCAAAACAGAUCCUCAUCUUGAAGAACGUGACCUACGCCGACCGAGGGCUGUACGGCUGCGAGACUCUGGAUGACAAGACGCAGGCCAAGCUUAAUGUUGAGAUGCGGCAGGUGAAGUUGGUGAAAGGUCUCCGGGAUGUGGAGGUCCGUGAGAACGACUCUGCCACCUUCGAACUGGAGCUUUCUCAUGAAGACGUGGAAGGUUCCUGGGCCAAAGAUGGACUAAGACUAAAAGCCUCCGAUUCCUGCAAACUCAUCGUCAAGGGCAAGAAACACGGACUCGUCCUCUCCUCUGUAAAACAAGAGAACGCCGGAGCCGUCACCUUUAAAUCAGAGGGAAUUCAGACCUCCGCCAAGCUCAUCGUUAAAGAACCUCCAGUGAAGUUCAGCCAUCCUCUCAAGGACAUCACUGUGGCAGAAAAGGACAAGGUGACAUUGGAGUGUGAGGUGUCCAGACCUAAUGCCGAGGUGAAAUGGCUGAAGGAUGGAUCUGAAUUACGUCCCAGCAAGAAGGUCACCAUUAUCUCCCAAGGCACAAAGAGAAACCUCACCAUCCACAAGUGCGAAUUUGACGACAAGGGCACCUACGUCUGCGACGCCGGGGACGACAAGACAUCUGCCAACCUGACCGUUAAAGCUCGGGAAAUCCAUUUCAUUAAGCCAUUAGUGGAUGUGGAGGUGGAGGAGAACGGAUCAGCCUCGUUCCUCUGUCAGAUCUCUCACGAUGACGUCCAGACUCAGUGGUACAAAAAUGGCGUCAAGCUGAGGGCAGGAGAGAAUGUUAAGAUGCGUCAGGAAGGAAGGACGUAUUCUUUGAACUUCAAAAGCGUUCAGUCUGAGGAUGCUGGAGAGAUUAAAUUUGCGGCAGAAAAUGCCGAAUCUCGUGCUAAUCUGCUUAUUAAAGAACUUCCUGUCAAAAUCACCAAACCCCUGCGGGAUAAGAUCGCCAUAGAGAAGCAUAGGGCAUUCCUCGAGUGCCAAGUGUCUCGUGCCAACGCCGAAGUCAGGUGGUUCAAGAAGGACAAACAGCUUCAGCCAGGAAAUCGAUAUGAGAUUGUCAGCCAAGGGGUGUACCGGAAACUCAUCAUCAAUGAGGUGGAGUUCCAGGAUGAGGACACUUACACCUGCGACGCCGGGGAUGACAAGACCUCCGCUCAGUUGCUGAUUGAAGAACAAUCCAUCAACAUUGUCAACGAACUGAGUGACGUGGAGGUGACGCAACCUGAAAAGGCCGCCUUUGAAUGCGUGACGUCUAUUGUGUCCGUCAAGCCCGCAAAAUGGUUUCUAGGUGGUGAAGUCCUACAAGAUGGAAAAGACAUUACGAUUGAGCAAGAGGCCACCAUCCAUCGUCUCAUCUUAUGGAAAACGUCUACAGAGAUGACCGGAGCCGUUCAGUUCCAUAUUGGAAAAUCCAAAUCCACUGCAAAUUUGGUGGUGAAAGAAAUUCCUGUGCAGGUGUCACAAAAACUUGAAGACAAGACCGUCAGCGAGCCUCACACGUGCGUCUUGUCCUGCGAAUUCAAACCUCCUCCAAAGUUUGUGGAAUGGUACAGAGGGAAGACGCUCAUUGAGCCAUCGGAGAGGUACAAGCUAAGGCAGGAGAAGAACCUGGCAGAGCUGAAAAUUGUAAGGGUGACCCCGGAAGAUGCCGGAGUGUACACCUGCAAAGCUGGGAGCGCCGAAACUUCAGCAACACUUCAUGUACAAGCGCGCGACGUGAAAGUGCUGAAGCCACUGGCCAACGUGGAAGUAGAAGAAGAGAGCAGCGUGGCCUUCUCCUGUGAGCUCUCCCAUGACGAUGAAGAAGUGGAAUGGUUCCUGAAUAACACCCUACUGUACACAAACAACUACAACGACAUCAAGAAAAUUGGAGCCUGCCACACGCUGACCCUCAAACAGGUGGCCCCCCAGGACUCCGGCACCGUGACUUUAAAGACCACAAAACUCACGCUGAACGCGGAGCUAAAAGUUAAAGAAAAGCCAGCCGUUUUCAUGAAAUCCUUGGACGACGCAGUGGGUGAAGAGCGAGGAACGAUUACGCUGAAAUGUGAAGUCUCCAAACCCAACGUCACACCAGUGUGGAAGAAGGAUGACCAGGUCUUACCAAAUGGAGACAAGUACCAACAGAUACAGGCCGGCAAGACCGUCUCUCUUAUCAUCCACAACCUGAACAAGUCCGAUGCCGGACUAUAUGUCUGCGACAUUGGAACUGACGUGGCCAGGUCCAAAGUUGGAGUACAAGAACUCAACAUUGGAAUCACAAAACGCCUAAAGAGCACUGAGGCAAAGGACGGAGAGAGCUGUACGUUCGAAUGUGUCCUUUCUCAUGAGAGUAUAGACGAAUGCUACUGGACAGUGAACGGACUGGAGGUGGAGAAUGAUCGGAGGUUCGAGGUGUCCAAUAAGGGCCGGAAGUACUCACUAAACAUCAAGGAGGUGAGAGCCAGUGAUGCCGGUGAUGUGGUCUUCACUGCCCGAAACUUAUCCUCCAAGGCCUCCUUAACUGUCAAAGGUAAACCAGCUGUUAUCACAAAACCUCUUGAAGACAAGUCUGUUACUGCUGGAGAAAACAUUGUCUUGAAGUGUGAGUUUUCCAGUGAAGAGACGAGCGUGAAAUGGACCAAGGAUGGCAAAGUGCUGAAGAGGAGCCAGAAAUACGAGAUUGUUCAAGAAGGUACGGAAUCCAGGCUGAUUAUCCAUGAAACAUCAUCCAAAGAUGCCGGAGAAUACAUCUGUGAGACUGCUGAUUCCAAGACCAAAGCCGCUGUUCAGAUCACAGAAAAACCCAAUCGAUUCACCAAAGAGAUUUCUGAUGUCAAGGCUGAGGAAGGGGAGGAGGCCGUAUUUAUCUGCGAGACUGAGAAAACUGCUGCUACCGUAAAAUGGAGGAAAGGCAUCUCUGAACUCAAGGCGUCUAAGAAAUUUGAGAUGACUCAGAAGGGCAACGUCCUCAGCCUGACUGUGAACGACCUGGAGAAGAGUGACAGUGACACCUACAUAUGUGACAUUGGAGAUGCCCAGACUAAGGCCUCUCUCACUGUGAAAGGCCAGAAAAUUCUCAUAGUAGAAGAUCUGGAAGAUGUUGAAGUAUAUGAAGGGGAAACUGCAACUUUUAAAUGUAGAAUCGCACCAGCAAACUAUGGGAAAGUGCAUUGGUUCCUGGACAAAACCCCGUUACAUACCAACAAAGUCAAUGAAGUUCAGUCACUACCGGGGGGCUAUCACACACUGUCGCUCAACCAGCUGGGGGUGAAGGAUUCUGGCAUGGUCACGUUUGAAGCUGGUGAUCAAAAAACAUCUGUAAAACUAUUAGUGAAAGAGAAACCUUCUAUCACCAAUUUGGAAGUAUCUCAGGGCGAAAGUGCAACCAUUACUUACAAAACCUCAAAACCUAAUGAGCCUGUUUCCUGGUAUAAAGAUGGGAAAGUGGUUCGCAGUUCUUCAAAAUAUCAAAUAACCAGAUCCGGAUGUGAGAACACACUGAUCAUAUGCGACCUGACCAACAAAGACAGCGGCACAUAUGUCUGUGAACAUGGGACGGGCAAAAAUAGCACAAUUCUUGCUGUGAAGGCGGUGCAGGCUUUCUUCAAACGUGAAGUGCAAAACGCUGAAGCCGAGGAAGGUGAAACGGCAACGCUUUUUUGCGAGCUGUCCAACGAGAAAGCCGAGGUGCGUUGGAAGAAGGACGCCAAACUGCUGACAUCCAGUAGCAAGUAUGAGAUUAAGAUAAAAGACCGCAGGAUGGAGUUACUGGUCCAUAACCUGACCCAAGAAGACUCUGGAACCUACACCUGCGAAACCGGAGAACUGAACUCUUCUGCCACCUUGACAGUGAAGGCCGUUCAGGUCUUGUUCAAACGAGGCCUCCGUAAUGAGAAGGCCAAAGAAGGAAGUACGGUGAAGCUACACUGUGAGCUGAGCAAGGCCGGAGCUCCUGUGAAGUGGACGAAGGACGACCAAAUUCUAGUGAGCGGUGAGAAGUACCAAACCAAGCAACAGGGCACGGUGGUGGAGCUUCUCAUUCUAAAUGCAAAACUAGAAGAUUCUGGAGACUACACAUGUGACACCGGAGGCCAGAAGAGCUCAUCUCACGUGACUGUAACUGCUCUUCCCGUUCGCUUUAAGCAAGACCUGAAAGACUGCGAAGCGGAAGAGGGCUCAUCGGUCACUCUUUCCUGUGAGGUCACCAAGGCUGAUGCCCAUGUGGCGUGGAAGAAGGGCAUCACCGACCUUAAAGCCAGUGACAAAUAUGAGCUCAGACAAAAGGGAACCACGGUGGAGCUUCUCAUUCAUAACAUAACGGCGGAGGAUUCUGGAAACUACACCUGCGAUACUGGCGACCAGCAGACUGCUGCACGGGUCAAAGUUCGGGAGCUUCCAACCCGCUUUACCAAAGAGCUUACCCACCAGAAGGCUACCGAGGGGAAAUCAGUGAGUUUGUGCUGUGAACUCAACAAGCCCGACGCUCAAAUAGAGUGGAAGAAGGACGGGGAAGUCAUAAAACAAAGCAAGAAACACAAGCCACGCCAGGAAGGUUCCAUGUCGGAGCUGGUUAUACGUGACCUGGUGCCGGACGACGCUGGAAAUUACUCUUGUGUCUGCGGGGACCAACAAACGACGGCUGCUCUGACAGUAACUGCUUUACCUCCAUUAUUCAAAGAAGAGCUUAAGGAUGCAAAGGCUACAGAGGGAGAAAAGGCCGCCCUUCGAUGUGAGCUCACCAAACCUGAUGCCACCAUAGAAUGGAGAAAAGGGAGCCAGAAUUUAAAAGCUGGUGUCAAGUACACCAUAAGGCAGGAAGGGGCCCUUGCUGAAUUAAUAAUUAACAUUCUAAACGAAAAUGAUGCUGGGAGUUACACAUGCGUUUGUGGAGACCGGGAAACCACAGCCACUUUGACUGUGAAUGCUCUUCCAACCUUCUUUAAAGAAAAACUGGUUGACAAAGAAUCCAUGGAAGGAGAAAAUCUCACUCUCUGCUGUGAGCUUUCUAAACCAGCCACCGCCGUUGUUUGGAAGAAAGGUCAAACGGCCUUGAAACAAAGUGAUAAACAUAAGAUGACCUUAAAAGACACAAUGGCUGAGCUGACCAUCCAGAAUCUUGAAUUUAAAGAUGAAGGAAAUUACACCUGCACAUGUGGAGAGCAAGAAACCACAGCAAGUGUAAAAGUCAAUGCCAAGCCUGUUCUUUUCAAAGAAGAGUUGAAGAAUAUAGAAGGCAAGGAGGGCUCUUCGGUUACACUGCAUGGAGAGCUGACCAAGCCUCCAGUGGCCAUUGAGUGGAGAAGAGGAGAUGAGGCGCUCCAGUCAAGUCACAAGUAUGACAUGAGGCAGGACGGAGCAAUGGUAGAGCUCUUAAUACGAAAUUUGGAGCUAGAAGACACUGGAGAAUACACGUGUAUGUGCGGAGAGGAGCACUCCAGAGCAGUACUUUUAGUUCAUGCACUGCCUGUCCACUUCAAGCAUGGGCUCAAGGAUGAGAGCACAACAGAAGGUGAUAAAGUCAUCCUCCACUGUGAGCUCAGCAAACCCAACGUACCCGUGCAAUGGGAAAAAGAGAACAAAGUUCUUCCCCAAUCGGAGAAGCAUGUCCUAAGACAAGAUGGCUUAGUGGCAGAACUUGUCAUUUCAGACGUCAAUGAAAAUGAUGCGGGAAUAUACAGCUGUGUCUGCGGAGACCAAAAAACAUCUGCAGCUGUAACUGUUAAAGCUUUGCCACCCAAGUUCAAAACUGAGCUAAAAAACAAAGAGUGUGUGGAAGGGCAGUCGGCCAUUUUGAACUGUGAGCUGACCAAGGAAAACGCUCGCCUAGAAUGGAGGAAAGGAAACGCGGUCCUCCAGCCAAAUGAUAAGUACAAAAUUAGCCAGGAUGGCUUUAAUGCCGAACUUGUGGUUCACAACUUGGCUUUUCAAGAUGGAGGCCAAUACUCUUGUAUGUGUGGAGAGCAACAGACUUCAGCUACAUUAGUAGUGAAUGCUUCGCCGCCAGAAUUUAAAGAGGAACUGAAAAGCCUUGAAGCCGUAGAAGGGAACUCUGUAACUUUGCACUGUGAGUUGACCAAAACAAACGCUUCCCUCGAAUGGCGGAAAGGACAGAAAAUUAUCAAGUCAAGUGAAAAGUACAAGCUCGUACAGGAGGGCCUGGUGGCAGAACUGGUUGUAAAUAAUCUGGACCAACACGAUACCGGGAGAUACAUUUGUGUCUGUGGGGAUAACCAGACUGCCGCGUCAUUGACUGUGAAGGCACUUCCUCCACAGUUUAAGGAAGGACUAGCGAACAAGGAAUGUGUUGAAGGUGAGUCAGUGAAAUUGCAUUGUACGUUGACCAAGCCAAAAGCUUCUCUGGAGUGGAGGAAAGGCCAGAAGACCCUUAAACCUGGAGAUAAAUAUAAAUUUGUCCAAGAAGGUCUUGUCGCUGAGUUGGUUAUUAGUCAACUGGACCUGGAGGAUGCGGGAGACUACACAUGUGUGUGCGGAGAACAUAAAACAUCGGCCUCCAUAACUGUGAAGGCCCUUCCAACACAAUUUAAAAAGGAUCUAAAAAGCAAGGAAGUUAUUGAGGGAACUUCAGCCACGCUAAUCUGCGAGUUGACGAAACCCGACGCAUUCCUAGAAUGGAGAAAAGGACACAAUCCUCUCAAACCAAGUGACAAGUACCGGUUCAUCCAGGAGGGCCUUAUUGCUGAGCUGGUGUUAGAUAACGUGGAGGUGAAGGAUGCCGGCGAGUACACUUGCAUAUGUGGAAACUAUCGGACAACUGCGUCCCUGAGCGUGAGCGCUCUUCCACCUCGAUUUAAAGAUGAACUUCAGAGCAAAGAAAGUAUGGAGGGGGAAUCUGUGACUCUGCAUUGCACAUUGACCAAACCAAAUGCUUCUCUGGAGUGGAGGAAAGGACAGAAGACUCUUAAACCUGGAGAUAAAUAUAAAUUUGUCCAAGAAGGUCUUGCCGCAGAACUAGUUAUAAGUCGAGUGGACCUGGAUGAUGCCGGGGAAUACGUGUGUGUUUGUGGAGACCAGCAAACAAAGGCAUCCCUCAACAUGAAGGCUGUUCCUCCGCGAUUUAAGGAGGAACUGAAGAGCACAGAAGGCCUGGAGGGAGAGUUGGCAUCCCUACGUUGUAUGCUGACCAAACCAAAAGCUCCGCUGGAAUGGAAGAAAGGACAAAAGACUCUUAAACCCGGAGAUAAAUACAGGUUCAUCCAGGAAGGUCUUGCCGCGGAGUUGGUAAUAAAUCGGUUGGACCUGGAAGAUACCGGUGAAUACACAUGCGUGUGUGGAGACCAGCAUACCACCGCAUCUCUUACCGUGAAGGCUCUUCCCAUUGUCUUUGUGGAGGAACUGAGAAAUGAAUUGGCAACCGAAGGCCAAGCUGCCACUUUGCGCUGUGAGUUGAGUAAGGCCGGUGUCGCGGUGUCUUGGAAGAAGAACGGUUCUGUCAUCCAAGCAAGUAAUAAGUACGUCAUAAAGCUGGAGGGAGCAGUUACAGAGCUGACCAUUAACAAUCUGGAUCUGAAGGAUGCUGGAGGUUACACCUGCGUGUGCGGAGAACAACAAACUACCGCAAAAUUAUCAGUACAGGAACUGCCCCCGCUAUUUGUAGAGGGACUACGAAACAAAGAAGAAAUAGAAGGCCGAGAAGCCAUUUUUCAAUGCCAGCUCAGCAAAGCCAACGCAAAGGCGGAGUGGAAGAAGGGGCACCAGACCCUGAAACCUGACCACAAAUAUAAGAUGAGACUGCAGGGUGUCCACGCUGAACUCGUCAUCUCCAAUUUACACCUGAAGGAUUCUGGGAACUACACCUGUCUGUGUGGGGAGGAAGCAACUACCGCGACCCUGACAGUAACUGAGUUGCCAGCCCGUUUCAGUAUGGAGUUGGCCAACGUUGAAGCUACAGAAGGAGGAAUGGGCAUCUUUCAUUGUGAGGUGACCAAGAAAUCCGCUUCAGUGCAAUGGAGGAAGGGUGCGACUCUGCUGAGACCAAGCGACAAAUACGACAUGAGACAGGAAGGAUAUAGAGCGGAACUCCAGAUAAAUGAUCUGGAACUGACCGAUGCGGACCGGUACACCUGCACUUGUGAAGACCAGAAGACCUCGGCCUCCCUGAUAGUCAAGGCUCUACCAGUUAAUUUUAAGGAGCCGUUGAAAAAUGUGGAAGUUAUGGAAGGCGACGCGGCGGCUCUGCGCUGUGAGCUCAGCAAACCAAACCAGAGUGUAGAGUGGAAGAAAGGGCCGGAAGUUCUGACCUCGGGGGAUCGGGUCAGCGUCGGACAGGACGGCUCGGUGGCGGAGCUUAUCAUUCAGCCUGUUACCAUAAAGGAUGCUGGGAAGUAUACCUGCAGAUGUGGUGACAAGAUGACUACAGCAGUUUUGACAGUAAAUGCUAUUCCAGUGUUGUUUGAAGAGGAACUGAAAUCGGUUGAAGCCACAGAGGGGGGAACCGUCACCCUCCACUGCCGGCUGAACAAGUCGGAUGUGUACGUUGAGUGGAUGAAAGGUGACAAGGUUCUGGUGUCAGACAACAACAAGUACACAAUGCGGCAGAGCGGAGGCACCGCGGAGAUCACCGUCUCAGACAUCGGUGUAGAAGACAGCGGGGAGUACACCUGUGUCUGCGGAGAUGUGCGGACAGCGGGACACCUUCAAGUCCAAGCUUUGCCUAUCACCUUCACCGCGCCGCUCCAGAACGUGGAAGCUCAGGAAGAAGUUACCGCCACCCUGAGCUGUGAGGUCUCCAAGCCCGGAGCCGCGGUGGAGUGGAGGAAGGGCGGCCUGGGGCUGCAGCCCGGCCCCAAAUACGAGAUGCGGCAAAGGGAGAAGAUCCGGGAGUUACUGAUACAUCACCUGAGGCUGGAGGACACCGGAGAGUACAGCUGCGAUUCCGGGGAUCAGGACACCAGGGCCUACCUGACCGUGAAAGCCCUUCCUGUGGUGUUCAGCAAGCCGUUGAAGAAUACGGUUGUAGAGGACGGAGUCACAGUGACUCUCCGCUGCGAGACCUCCAAACCCAACGUUCCCCUAGAAUGGAGGAAAGGGUCCAUGGCUCUCUUCCCUUGUGCCAAGUAUGAAAUGAGACAAGAUGGGGUGGUAGCAGAGUUGGUAGUCUUCGACACCGAGGGGGAAGAUGCCGGAGAUUACACCUGUGAUACAGGAGACCAACAAACCACCUCCAACGUCAAAGUCAACGUUCUCCAGUUCGUGAAGAAUUUAGAAAAUGUAGUGGCUGAAGAAGGCUCAACUGCCUGUCUCCGCUGUGAGGUCUCCGCCAAGAUGGCCUCCGUGGAAUGGAGAAAAGGUGCUGAGAAACUACAAGCCAACCACAAGUAUGAGAUGAAGCAGGAUGGGACUGUGCGGGAGCUGAUCAUUCAUGAUCUGGAGCUGGAGGACAACGGGGAGUAUGUUUGCAUCGCUCGAAGCAAAAGAACUACGGCCACGCUAACUGUGAAGGAACUGGAUGUCACCAUUGUCCGUGGCCUCAAGGACCUGUCCGUCUUUGCCGGAGAGGACGUUGUGUUUAAGUGUGAAGUCUCCCACGCCAACGCAAAGGACGUAGCGUGGACCUUGCAGGGCAUUACGCUGGUAAAGAAUGAGAUGAAUGAGAUCUGGGUGGAAAGUGAGAAGGUCCAUGUCCUGAAAAUGAGCAGUAUGACCCAGGAGGACAGCGGUCCCGUGACUUUCAGAGUUGGGUCACACACAUCUACAGCCCAACUUGUGGUCAAAGCUCCUCUCCCGGUGAUUAAGAGACAACUCUCUGACGUGGAAGUGGAGGAGGACGCCACAGUGGUUCUACAGUGUGAGCUGUCCCAGCCCGGAGCGUCCCUGGUGUGGAAGAAGGGCGCCCAGCAGAUCAGUCAGAGCGCCAAAUACAAUAUUCUGGAUCAUGGCGCCAUGCAGGUCCUGCAGAUCCUCAAUGUGGCGCCUGCAGAUUCCGGCGUCUACACCUGUGAUAUCGGAACCCAGCAGACGAAGGCCAAAGUGACCGUAACAGCACUACCCGUGGAGUUCACGCGGGAUCUACAGAACGAGCAGGGAGAAGAGAACGGAUCGGUGACGCUCAGAGCCGAGAUCUCCAAACCUGGCGCCCCCGUGCAGUGGAAGAAAGGCGGAGCAGCCAUUAAAGCCGGGGCCAAGUAUGAAGUGAAGCAAUCUGGACACGUGGUGGAACUUCAUAUACACAAGCUGCAGCAGUCCGAUGCAGCUGAGUACACAUGCGACACCGGCGACCAGAAAUCAGUGGCUACAGUGUCUGUUAAAGAACCAGAACCGUAUAUAGUGGAUCAGCUCCAGAACGUGUCGGUAGAGGAGGGAGAAGACGCCAUCUUUAAGUGUAAGGUGUCGAAGGAUAACGCUCCCAACGUCCAGUGGUCUCUGGCUGGAGUUCCGCUGCAGAACAACGAGAUGAACGAGAUUUCUGUCCACAGGGGAAAAAUCCACACCCUCACCCUGAGGAAGGUCACUCCGGAAGACGCCGGCUUGAUCAGCUUCAGGGUUGGCCAGAACAGUACCGAAGCAAAGCUAGAAGUUAAAGUGGUGGUGCUGAAAUUUGCAAAGCCCCUGCAGCCUGCCGAGGCGGAAGAGCAGGGAAGCGUGACGCUGAACUGCGAGCUCUCCAAGCCCAACGUGGCGGCGGAGUGGAGGAAAGGAUCCCUGGUGAUCAAACAUGGCGGAAAAUACGAGGUCACCGUAAAAGGAUCGGUUCACAGUCUGCGCAUUAAGGACGUCCUCCUGGAGGACGCAGGCGAAUACAGCUGCAGCGCAGGCGGCGAGAAAACCUCAAGCAAGCUGCAAGUGAAAGCCCUUCCCGUAGUUUUCACACAAGAGCUAUGUAAUAUCGAACCGGAGGAAGGCGGAAUGGCGAUGUUAGAGUGCCAGGUCUCCAAAGAUGGCGCCCCCGUAGAGUGGAGGAAAGGAGCGCUGGUACUACAGCCCAGUGAUAAGUAUGAGAUGAGGCAAAGCGGCACUUUAGUUGAAUUAGUGAUCCAUAACGUGGACAUGGAAGAUUGCGGCCAGUACGCCUGCAGCACCAAUUCCGCCCAGACUGUGGCCUCCGUCUUCGUACAAGAGAGUAACGUAGACCUAGUAUCCGCUUUAAAGAACACAGAUGUCUUUGCGGGGGAGACGGCCGUUUUCUCCUGCGAGCUGUCCAGUCCGUCCGUGCGGAAUGUUCAGUGGUGGCUGGAUGGCUCGCCCCUCCAGAACAGCCCCGUGAAUGAGAUCUCAGUGUAUGGAGGCACCGUCCACACCUUAACGCUAAAAAACCUGGGGACCAAUGACUCUGGCGUUGUCACCUUCAGAGCUGGCUCUCUCGUAUCUUCUGCUAAACUGUUAAUCAAAGAUCCAACUCUUGAGGUGGUCAGUCCAAUGAAUGACCUCAUCAUUGAUGAAGAUGACACAGCAGAGUUCAUCUGCCAGUACUCUAGGCCUGUGCAGGCCACCUGGAAGAAAAACGAUGAUGUAGACGUAAUUUCUGACGGGAAAAGAAUCAUUGUCGAGCAAGAUUGGAAUGUGGCCAAGCUGACCAUUAAGUCUGUGGUUCCCGAGGACCGUGGCGUGUACGUGUGCGAGGCCGAUGGCACUAGAGUUGUGGCUAUGCUGGAAGUCGAAGCCAAGAAUAAGAUAUUGCAAGGUCUGGAAAAUGUAGAUGCGAUAGAGGGUGGCGAAGCUCUCUUUGAGUGUUACCUGGCCAAAGCAGAAUGCUACAACUACAACUGGCUGGUAGAUGAUGAACCAGUAAAAACUACAGAGAACAUUGAACUGGUGUUCUUUGAGAAUGGGCGCAGGCAUCUCCUCUUGCUGAAGAACCUCACUUCUGAGGACAGUUGCCGAGUCACAUUCAUGGCAGGAGAUGCGGUUUCAUCUGCUUUCCUCAAUGUUCGAGGUUGGCGCCUGGAAGUUGUGAAUCCUCCGGCUGACGCUAAGGUGACUGCUGGUGAAAAGGCGACAUUUACUUGUGUAUUAAGUGAAGCCGUGCCAGUAAAUGAAGUCUCUUGGUACUUUAACGGACUGCCUGUUCAGCCAGAUGAGAACUGGUCCAUGCAAGUGGAGGGCAACCAGUACAGACUAAUUCUUAACGAUGCCCAACUACACCACUCCGGAGAAGUGGCUUUUGCUUCAAGAGAUGUAGUUGCGUCUGCCAAGUUGGCCAUUCUAGCCCUUCCCGAUCCCCCAGAAGAGCCGGAGAUUGUAAGUAAGACCAGCCAGUCCGUGACUCUGUCAUGGUUCACCCCCUUGAGCGAUGGUGGCGCUCCGAUUAUUGGAUACAAUGUUGAGAUGAAAUCACCUGGUGGUGAUUGGCAGCAGUGCAACCUGGAAAUCAUUCAAAGUAUGGAAUACGUUGUGCAAAACCUGAAACCGGGCGAGCCUUAUCGUUUCAGAAUCUCCUCCAUAAACAAGCUGGGUGUUGGGGAACCGGUUCACUUACCUCAAACAGUCCAGCUAGAGCAUCCCGUGGCAAUAAAACAGCAGCUGGAAGAUAAAACUGCAAGAGAGGGCGAGAGUCUUCGCCUGGAGUGUGAACUUUCCCAGGAAACUCCGGAGGUCGCCUGGAUGAAGGAGAAUGAACCGCUCCAACCAGGGAAGAAAUAUGAAUGCUUUUCUGAAGGCAGAAAACAGAUCCUAAUCAUUCAUAAUGUCUCUGCGAAUGACCAGGGCGGGUACUCCUGUGUGACCUCAUCGGGGGUUAAAACCUCUGCAACCGUCUCUUUGGAAAUUCGAUCCAUCACGGAACUGAUCACAGUACAGGAGGCUUUUACUGUGGCCCACGAACAGUCCAGUCUUGGAGUUGAAGAUGAAGAUAGCGCUCAGCCGAAUUUGCCCCCUGAAGCCGCGCAAGAAGGCGAUCUCCAUUUACUGUGGGAGGCAUUAGCUAAAAAGAGAAGAAUGAGUAAGGAGCCCACUUUGGAUUCCAUCUCUGAGGUUCCAGAAGAAGACGAUAAACACAAGAAAAAAGCUGAUUUUUCAGGCUAUACCUCCGAAGAUGUGGCCAAAACCAGCGAGGCAGAUUUCUCUCUUACAAGUUCGGAUGAUGAAUCCCGGGCUGGAACGCCAUCCCUCGUGUCCUAUCUUAAAAAAGCUGGCCAUUCCACUAUUACAUAUGGGGCUAAAGUUCAGACAAUAUCUACAAAAAAAUUCUUCAAGCAUUUUGAGGCCGCCACCACUGAAGUCAAGGAGGUUAAGAAACCAGAACCUCAAGAAGAACUUGAGAAUUUGGAUGAUGAUCCUGAACUGGAGAAAGCGGCAACAAAAAUUCAAGCUGCCUUCAAGGGAUACAAAGCACGGAAGGUCAUCAAACAACAAGAAUGUCCUUUGUUUACAGAGACCUUCAAAGAUCUUUCAGUGGAACCAGGUGGAACUGUCCAGCUUGAAUGUGUCGCCAUCGGCAAAACCGAUGUUACGGCUCGUUGGUUGAAAGAUGACGAGGAGCUUUUGGAUGGACGCCAUUAUCAUAUUGACAACUACAGUGAUGGGACUUGCUCCCUAAUUAUCACUGCUGUAGAACUCCAGGACACUGGAAAAUAUACAUGUGAAGCGUCAAACAAAUUUGGAGCAGUGACCCACAGUGCGAAAUUGGUGGUGGGGGGUGGCGUACAAGACAUCCCACAUAGGCCAAUACACAUUCCGGCCAAGCGUAGUCGUACUACUGACAGCGAGACAGAGAGCUCUUCUGGAAGUGAGUUAGACGACGCCUUCCGAAAAGCAGGACGGAGGCUGCACAAGAUCUUUAGAACAAAAUCUUCUCUAGAAAUAUCCGACGUGGAAGAAGAAAUUUUCGUGAGCGCCGAUGAGGGAGAAAUGCCUCCCAUUGACCACCAGACCUACCGAGAGGAUGACAGAUACAUCUACAUCAAAUUUGAUAUUAUGUCUGAAGCUACUGUCGCUGCCACAAGGUUCAGGGAAAUGUUUUCUGCCAUGGGUUUCCAAGUGAAGAUUGACAUUCUUGAGCAAGGCCCAAAAAAGACUGAGCUACGGAUAAUGAAGAUCGAAACAGGGGCUACAGAGCAGCAACGCCUUCAGGCCAAGGAGCAGAUGACUUUAAUGACAACAGACACAGCUCCUAUAUUUAUUACCGAGCUCCAAAACCAAGAGGUUCAAGACGGCUACCCCGUCAGUUUUGACUGUGUUGUGAUCGGAAAGCCGAUGCCAACCAUUCGCUGGUUCAAAGAUGGGAAGGUGAUAGAGGAAGAUGACCAUUAUAUGAUCAACGAGGACCAGGAGGGCUGCCACCAGCUCAUUAUAACGGCCGUGGUUCCCACAGACAUGGGCGUGUACCGAUGCCUUGCCGAAAACAGGAUCGGGGUUGCUUCCACCAAGGCCGAGCUGAGAGUGGACUUAACCAGUUCUGACUACGACACGGCAGAGGCCGCCACCGAAACCUCCUCCUACCUCAGCGCCCAAGGAUAUAUGUCCAGGGAACAGGAAAGUUUGGAAUCGUCCACCGAACAGGAUCAGCCGCCACAAAUACUGGAGGAGCUGCGGGAUAUGCUGGUGGCCCCGGACACCCCAAUGGCCAAAUUCCAGAUUAAAGUGAAAGGAAUCCCGCGCCCUCGUGUGCACUGGUUUAAGGACGGACAGCCUAUCCACGCCUCCGAACGGCUACUAAUGACCAAUAAGAGGAAGGUGCGCUCACUGGAGAUCCUCAACGUGACCAAAGAAGACGCCGGAGAAUAUUCUACGUACAUCAGUAAUUCCUCUGGUUCUGCGUACUCGUCCGCCAGGCUGACGGUCAAAGGGCCCGGGGAACUUCACAAGGAGAAAUCCACAGAAGGUGCCGCAGGUUCAGAAAAGCCGAUUCCACCCAUGUUCCUGGAGAGAUUCACCAACAAAAAAGUGAUAAAGGGAUCCAGUAUUACACUCUCUGUGAAGACUGAAGGAAUCCCAUCCCCAACCAUCACCUGGUUGAAGGAGGAGUCUCCGGAAGACGUUCUAUGGAUCAAGCCGGACACCCCAGGCUACAAGGUGGCCAGCUCCAACAGGCACCACAGUCUCAUCCUGCUGGACGUCGGAACCGAGUUCUCCGGGACGUACACUUGUAUCGCCACCAAUAAAGUCGGCCAGUCCAUCUGCUCUGCAUCCGUUGAAGUCUUAGACGAGAAAGAAGCACAGCUCCUGGAGAAAGCCGAUAAAAUUGUGAAGGACGUAUUGAGGGGCGCCGUUCCCGGAGCAAUCGCAAUCUCGGUGCCGCCCUCAGAAGCAGACGGUGAAGCCAAGCCACCAAAGCAACAGAUUUCCCUAGCAGACGUUGGAACGGAGGAGUUCUUCCAGAAGCUGACCACACAAAUCACAGAAAUGGUUUCCGCCAAGAUGAGCCAAGCUUCCCUUCGAGUGCCUGGAAUGCCCGGUAUGGAUAGCGAUGAUGAAUCCAAGACUCCCUCUGCUUCUCCGCGUCAUGGCAGGUCCAGACCAUCCUCCAUUGCUGUUGAGUCUUCGUCAGAAUCAGAAGACGGGGACUCCAGAGGAGAGAUAUUUGAUAUCUACAUGGCCACAGCAGACUACAACCCAAUAACAGUUGAUAAGGAAACCAUAACUCUGAAAGAGGGCCAGUACGUGGAAGUCCUUGACUCUGCCCAUCCCCUGAAGUGGCUUGUCAGGACAAAACCAACCAAGCUAAGUGCCUCCCGACAGGGUUGGGUAUCUCCUGCAUACCUGGAUAAGCGUUUGAAGCUAUCGCCAGAAUGGGGAUCAGGAGAUGUUGUGGAAUUUUCAGGAGAAUCGAUUUCAGAAGAAGAUUAUAAAAAGAAACUCAGCACAUUUGUUCAAGAUCUUCUAGCCUCAGAGAAGGAAUAUGUCCAGGACCUCCAAUUCUUGCAUACCCAUUAUAUAAAUUACACUGAGACCUGUGCUGAUAUUCCCGAGACUGUGGCCAAUCAGAAGACCGUUAUUUUCAGGAACAUCAGUGAUAUCGGUGACUUCCAUGCCAGAACUUUCUUCCAAGAACUUAAAAACUCUGACACAGAUGAUGACAUUGCCAUGUGCUUCAUCAGGAAUGAGGAAGAGUUUAAUAAGUACAUCAUGUACCUGGUGGGUCGUGUGCAGGCUGAGUCUGUUGUGGUCAAUGAUGCCAUUCAGGAGUUCUACAAAAAAUACACAGAGGACACUUUGGCCCUUGCUGACCCCUCCCAGCCUCCGAUGCCACCACUGCAACACUAUCUGGAACGACCGAUCAACAGAAUACAUCGAUAUCAGAUCAUCCUGAAGGAAAUGAUCCGGAACAAGGCAAGGAACGGGAAGAACUGCGCACUGCUGGAGCAGGCUUAUGCCAUUGUGUCCGCACUUACACGUCGGGCAGAGAACUUUCUGUUCGUAUCAUUGAUUGAGAACUACCCAGGAACCCUGGAGGCAUUGGGAGAACCCAUCCGCCAGGGUCAUUUCAUCGUCUGGGAAGGUGCCCCAGGAGCCCGAAUGGCUUGGAAAGGACACAAUCGUCAGGUCUUCCUCUUCAAGAAUUAUCUCAUCAUCUGCAAACCCAAAAGAGACACCAGGACGGACACUUACAGCUAUGUCUUCAAGAAUAUGAUGAAGUUGACCAACAUUGAUGUGAAUGAUCAGGUUGAAGGUGACGAUCGGGCCUUUGAGAUAUGGCAUGAACGAGAGGACUCGGUUCGCAAGUACCUCUUGCAAGCCCGCACCGUCAUCAUCAAGAACUCAUGGGUGAAGGAGAUUUCCGGCAUCCAGCAGAGGUUCAGCCUGCCACUGUGGAAUCCUCCACAAUUCAUCGAAGUUUUGGCAGAUUGUACAGCAGAACUAGGAGAGACUAUUAAGCUAGCCUGCCGGGUCACCGGAACACCAAAGCCUAUCGUCACCUGGUACAAAGAUGGCCGUACGGUGGAAGUGGAUCCCCAUCACAUCAUCAUUGAAGACCCCGAUGGUUCCUGCACCCUCAUAUUGGACAACAUGAGCGGAGUGGACUCAGGACAGUAUAUGUGCUUCGCCUCCAGUGCAGCCGGGAAUGCCAGCACGUUAGGAAAGAUCCUUGUUCAAGUUCCUCCAAGAUUUGUCAACAAGCUGCGCAAUUCCUACUUUGUGGACGGUGAAGACGCUCGGUUCACGUGCAUCAUUGAGGGAGCUCCGUACCCACAAAUCCGAUGGUGCAAGGAUGGACAUCUACUGCCGGAAUCUAAUAAGUAUCAGACGUUUGGCGAGCCGAGAACAGGAACCCUGGUCCUGGUGAUAAAGAAAGCCAGCAAGGAAGACGUUGGCUAUUAUGAAUGUGAGUUGGCGAACAGACUGGGGUCCUCACGUAGCGGAGCCGAACUGAAUGUUCACACAGUGGCAUCACUGACCCAAGAGAGGAGGGGAGACCAGACCAUCACCAUAGAAGAUUUGGAUGAAUUUAUACGGGCAUCUCUGCAACGCGCAGAUCAGGAGAUCAGACAGGUUCUCCAGAAACUUGACUCUGGCACUGGCCUACCUGUGUCUCCAGAGCUUACUCCAGAAGACAUAGAUAUUCGGAAGGAGGUGGAACAACGGUUACGGGAAGAGAUCCGAUCAAUGGAAAUGUUCCGAGAUGCUAACACCCAAACCCCCGAGGACACCAUACAUGGUACGAUAAGGUGGCCUUACCAGAAGAAUCUCCCUGCUCUCUUUUCACAUAUUCCCUGGAUCUGGGAUUCCUCCAGGUCUAUUAUCAUAAUCAGUAUGUUAAUAGUGGUGGUGACUUUUUUUUAUUUAUGUUCAGGUGAGCGAAAAGUGGAGUCCUGUGUAAAUGAGGCCGUUGAAGUAACUCCCGAUGUCUGCUGUUCAGAAACACAAACAGAUGAGGAGAAAAUUAUCCCAAUCAGGCUUCAGAUGGAUGCAUCGGAGUGGUACCGCGGGAGACCCAGCUCUCAGCUCUGGAAUAUCCACCACAGCCAAGUUUACAUCGAGACCACCGACACCACUUACCUGCCGCUGGAGGAUGGCAAGGGGACGAGACCCCCGUAUAUGCAGGUGACUAUAGAAGAUGUGCACGCCAACUGUGGGGGGACGGCACAGUUUGACGCAGUUAUAGACGGGAGCCCCCCGCUUGCCGUUACCUGGUACAAGGAUAACACGUUGCUGAAGGACAGCGAUCGGAUCCAGCUGGUGAGAGAUGGCAGGAAGUGCUCCAUGGUCAUACGGAGCACAGAGCGUGGCGAUGGCGGGGUGUACACCUGUGUGGCCAGGAACGGCGGGGGAGAGGUGUCUUGCAAGGCCGAGCUGGUUAUGCAGGAAGACGAGAAAGAAGAAGACACCAAGAUCGUUCAUAAGAGAAGGAAGCUCAAAUCUUUCUUUGAGGUUAAAGAGGAGAUUGGCAGAGGGUCAUUUGGCUUCGUGAAACGCGUUGUGCACAAAGGAAAUGGCGCGACAUGCGCCGCCAAAUUCAUUCCACUGAGAAGCAAGACUCGGCAGCAAGCGUACCGCGAGCGCGACAUCUUGUCGGAAGUGUCCCAUGAGCGAAUCACUCUGCUCCUUGAUGCCUUUGAAACCAAGAAGACGCUUAUUCUUAUUUUGGAAAUAUGCUGCGGGGAGGAACUUCUGGACCGACUCUUCCGGAAACACUCUAUCACAGAAAAAGAGGUGAAGCUGUAUAUCAGACAACUCCUCGAAGCUGUUGCUUAUCUUCAUGAAAAAAAUAUUCUUCAUCUGGACAUCAAGCCUUCCAACAUCCUGAUGGUUCACACCGAUAAGGAAGACAUUAAACUCUGCGACUUCGGAUUCUCCCAGAAGAUAAUCCAGUCCGAGUUCCAGUACAGCAAGUACGGCUCGCCUGAAUUUGUCCCUCCAGAAAUCGCCGCUCAGGCGCCUGUAUCCAAGUCUUCCGAUAUCUGGCCUGUCGGAGUUAUUAGCUACUUAUGUUUGGUUAGCGCUUCCCCAUUCGCGGGUCAGAACGACAGAGAGACGCUGAUGAACGUACAGCAAGGCAAAAUUAGCUGGAGCUGCCCGGGCUUCACCCAGCUAAGUGCCAAUGCCCAGGACUUCAUGAGACUGGCCAUCCAGAUGUCUCCGGAUGCACGGCCGAGUGCUACACAGUGUCUCCAGCAUAAGUGGUUUGUGGAGAUUCCCAGUCUAGAGGACACACAGCCAGUCAGCUCCAAGAACCUCCGCUUCCUUGUCGCCCGCAGCCGGUGGCAGCGCUCGCUGAUGUGCUACAAAUCCAUCCUGGUGAUGAGGUCGAUUCCGGAGCUUCUGAAUGGAAAGCAGGAGAGUACGUCAUUGGGCGUGCCACGGCAUUUAGUGGAAUGCAGCAGUUCUUCUAGUAGUAGCGGUUCCUCUUCCGAUAAUGAGAGCGAUGUCAGCCCUACCGCCAGGGACUGUAACCCUUCUCUGGAAUUGCACUUGUCUAUUUUCAAAAUGUCUGAAAAAGACGGCCUUCAACAGCCAUCCACCCCCAAACCUGAAAUGGACAAAGACACCAAAUGCAUACCUCAAGAAGAAGAAAAUAUGGAGAGCAAAGAUGUAACGGUUCAUGACACCUCUCCGAUGAUUGGAACUAAAAGAGAGCAUGAUAAGGCUUCUGGGUUGAGCGAAAGCCAAGAAGAUCUGAAAGAUGAUGAAAAAAUGUUGGUUCAUUCCGUAGAAACGUCACCAGGAGUUCUACCGUUGUACAGAGCUGCAACUAUCGAAGUUGGCGGCCUAGCUUCCAAAAAAGCCAAAACCGGGUCUUUUAUUAGAGGGACUUCGGCAGACAGCGCUUUACUGAUUCCAAGAGGAGCCGAAAAACCAUCAUUAGUUUGUGUACCAAGGCAGAGUAUCAUAAAUAGCACUUUUUACAACCAGGCUGGUGAAGGACAUGGUACAGCUCCCAGAGAUGCCACAUCAAAGGAUAAAGACUUCAUCAAGCACAGGGAACGAGCACGUAGGAGUUUAAUGAAAGCCGGUUACUCACAAAAAAUUUUGAGUGGAUUACGGGAGCCGUUGUUGGAGCAAUUUGCAAUGGAGCAGGGAAUACUGUCUCAGGAUUCCUCCCAGAUGGACCAAAUGGGCUCCCUGAAAAAAUCAGCAUCUUUUGACCUGGCAAAAGUAUCGUUAAGGUCUUCCUUUAAAGUUUCCAGCAGAAGUCGUUCCCUGGAUGACAACAGAUCAAGACCCUUGAGUGUUUACAAAGGAACGGUUGUGGAAGAGAAAGAUCACAUUUCCACAAAAACGUCAAGAGAUGCACUUAACAAAUCGGAUACCGCCAUCACGAAACCGCAUUCUGAAGAGUACUGGACUGCACCUCCGAAGGUAACUUCAACGCAGAGGCCUCUUUCAGCACCACCUUCCGAUAGAGAAAAUACCAUUAUCGCAGUGUUCCAUCAACAACCUUUACAAGAUAACGCUGAAUGUAGAGCAAAGUCAUCGUCUGCCGUGCUGGGAGGAGAAGAAAGUACAAUAAUCGCUUUUAUUAAGCCAAAACAAAUUACAGAGUCGGAAUCGGUAGCAAAAACUUCCUCAGUGGUGAUAAAAGAUACAGAUGUAUGUCCAACACCUCAAUCUCCAAGAAAAGCCUCUCAAGAAAAGGAGCAGCCUACAGAUUUACAAACUGGAGUGAAGUUUACCGUCCACACAACCUCCCGGAGAAAUGAAUUCCUUGUCUCCGAUGCUCCAGUAGAAAGGAUACCUGAUAGAGUUAAUAAAUUCUUCCCAAAAGACGAGGAGGGAGAAGAAGUGACUAAGAUUUGUGAAGGACAAAUCCAGCUUGUUCACUUUAGGGAAGACAAUUCAAGACUAGCAGUGAUACACCAAGGUGCUGGAGACAUUUUAUCCUUAUCAAAGGACAUCACAAUCCAAGAAGUUGCAGAAUGUCCCACAGUGAUGAUGCAACCAGAACCUGUGCUGGAUUCAGUCUUUCCAGACAGAACUCCAACGGAAUUAGUUAUCCCAGACAGACCUGAUCAUGAACACAAAUUAAAGCCAUGCGUAGACCAAACGUUUGAGAGAGACGCCAAUUUCUUUGUUUCUUUGGCUCAAACAUUAGAAAGUGGAAUAACUGUUCUGGGAGAUAGCAUGCAAAUUCCCGGCAAAGACUUGCCGUUUUCGGCAUAUACCGACGAUCAAUGUGCCACUAUAGAUGAACUUGUUGGUGAGAUGUCUUCUUUGUCCGAAGAGAUGGAGGUGUUGGUCAACGAACAAAGGGAAACAAGCCAAGUAGACCCAACUUUUCCAUCCUUAGUUGAUCAAACCAAGGAACCACCAGAACUGCAAGAUGUUGGAAAUUUCAGGGGAGAGUUGCAAGCCAUGGAAACAGAGCCCAGUCCUUUGGACGAACCUAUAAAAGAACCACCAAUUGUAUCAAUCUCACAGUGCAGCUAUUAUGAAUCUCUAUCUCAGGCUCGAGUGUCACCUGCACCCCUUGAACACUUUGAAGAGUUCACCGUAGAAAGUUGCAGUUCUAGCAAAACCUUUAUUUCUCAUUCUGAUAGCUCCGGGACAGGGAGGAGGUCUGAUAACUUCUCUGACUUGGAGGAAACUGGACGCCAUUCAGAAGUAUCGCUUGUGGAGAUUGGAGGGAUCCAUCGUGAUGCAUCUUCAAAUGAUUCCAACAAAAUGAAGCUGGUUCCAUUUGAUUUGGAAUCUACUCAUCUCAACGAUUUUUAUGAUAUUUUAACGUUUCAGCAACACUUUACCACUGAAAAAAAUUCACAGCCCGCAAAAGACCUUAGCGAAGCGGCAAUGGAAACCUCAGUGAAAGGAGCAGCAAAGGACACAAAGACUGCUAUUCCCCUACAACCAUUGCAGCCCUCUGAUCCUGGCAAGACUGCACUGAAGGAGCGCAAAUCCUCCAGGAAACGCAUUAAACUCUUCCGACAUAAUGGAAAGUCGGAGACGAAAUCCUCAGAGUCCAGUCUGAAACAGAAAGUCAAAGCUUCGGUUGCUAACAUUUCGCGAAUCAUCAAAAAAAGGCAAGGGAAUGGAAAAGAUGCCACAGGCACAUCUGAAGUCCAUAAAGUCCCUGCACCUGAACAAGCCGCUACCAUCGGAGUAUCUGUGCCACCCAAGAAGAAAGGACUGUCCUCCUUCAGACUCCCCUCCCUUUCAGGAAAGGAGAAAGCACCGGCUUUUGUGGAGGAACUGACAGACCAGACGGUGGUGGUGGGUCACUUGGUGACAUUAUCCUGUAGAACGGCGCAGUCGGUGACCAACGUAGAAUGGUUUAAAGAUGGGGUCACCAUUCAGAGUAAUGAGCGAGUCCUCAUCUCCUCCACCCUGAAGAACUAUCAUCUUCUCACCAUCCUGGUGGUCAACUCCCAAGAUUUUGGCAUCUACGCUUGUGUGGCCACCAACCUUCUUGGCAGUGCCUCCACCUGCUGCAUUUUAAAAAAAGCCGAAAUCCCGUGCUGUCCCACCAGCCCUGAUGUUGCUCAGGUGUACCGGGAUGGAGCGCUCCUCGUAUGGAAACCUGUGGAGUCCAACACCCCCGUCACCUACUUCCUCCAGUACAGAAAAGAGGGUGAGGAAUGGCGAGCCCUGACGCUGGACAUUUCUGACUGCUGUUACUCCACACAUAACCUGUCCGAGGGUCACCUGUACUCCUUCCGCAUCGCGUGCAUCAGUAAGGCCGGGAUGGGUCCGUACAGCGACCCCUCCCCCAGUGUGAGGAUCGGGCGCCCAAGUCCUGCAAAUUUGUCAGGACUGAGGGAGGCAGGAGGACCACAAGGGACCCCAGACGGGGACCAGAGCAGCGAUUUACAGAAGGGGGUGAAGAGGGGGCGGUUCAGCGCGGUGAGGUUGUGCACGGAGAAGUCAACCGGACGGCUCCUCGCCGCGAAGAUCAUCCCGUACACCGAAGAGACGAAGGAGUCCACACUGCUGGAGUUCCACAUCCUGAAGAAACUCCAUCACACCAACGUGGUGCAGCUGCACGGGGCGUUUCUAAGUCCGCAGGACCUGGCGCUGAUCCUGGAGCUCUGCGAGGGCCGCGAGCUGCUGCGCUGUCUGUCCGUGGGGCAGUCAUACUCGGAGCUGGAGGUCAGAGACUACCUGUGGCAGAUCCUCAGUGCAGUGGAAUUCCUCCACGCUAAGCAGAUUCUUCACCUGGAUCUGAGGUCAGAGAACACCAUCGUCACCGAACACAAACUGCUGAAGAUCCUGGACUUCGGCAAUGCCCAGUUCUAUUCCCCGGAUAAAGUCAUCAGCCCUCAGAGAUACACAGAUUACAUGGAGACCAUGGCUCCGGAGGUCCUGGAGGGGCAGGGAGCCAUCCCCCCCACCGAUAUCUGGGCCGUCGGAAUUACAGCGUUCAUCAUGUUAAGCGCUGACUAUCCAUUCAGUCCUGACUGCGGGGCGGAGCUGGAGAAGGAUAUCAAGAAAGGAUUGAUCAGAUUCGGCCACUGCUACGCCGGUCUGUCCGGAGGGGCCGUCCGCUUCCUGCAGAGCGCGCUGUGGGCAAAUCCUUGGGGGCGUCCCUCUGCAUCAGACUGCCUGAAAAUGCCGUGGCUUCAGGAGGCCGGACUGGCCACGUUGCAGCAGCAGCCGCCGGUCUACUUCCCCAGCGCCAAACUGAGAAGCUUCCUCCACCGGAGAGCCGACAAGACAGCAGCAAGUCAGAGCGCGGGGUCAUCGCGGUCCUGACAGAACCAACGCCACCCAACGGUCACUGUGUAGGCGAUCAGCCAUAGGAACCACACCUCUUCCUCCUCACCGGUUGUCUUGUUUGCCCCCCCCCUCCUCAUAAAGUGUACCUGUCACUUUAGGAAAGUGAUGGCGA